AUGGACAUCCCGGACGGGUUUCGACUCCAGGCGUCUCCACCACCGACCCUCGAUCAGUCGAUAGUGAAGCGUGGGGUUCUCGUGAAACUCGGGUUGUAUUGGUUCGGAGGGGUAAUUAGUCGCAGAUCUCACCCCGCUUCGCGGCAGGAGUACGACUACCGCGUCAUCCUGCACUGCUGUGACGAAAGCACGCGUAGCAUGAAGAUGCCGUUGGAGUCAUGCAGCACGGAUGAAGACGCCGCAAUUGGGGCGUGGGUUCUCCUAGAGGUAAACCCAAAGGAAGGGAGCGGGAGGCGCAAAAGGGUGACAACCCCCACUGUUCGCCUCACGGAGCUUGCAACAUAA